GCUCCAGCCUUGAGGACCAGGCACCAGCGGCCCGGCUUACGAACGCCCCGGGGCCCGCAGCCGUCGUCUCGCGUCCGCUUGCCUGGAAGUGUUUAAGGUCCUAAAAUGUCAUCUAUCAAGCACCUAGUUUAUGCAGUUAUUCGUUUCUUACGGGAACAAAGUCAGAUGGAUGCUUAUACUUCUGAUGAACAAGAAAGUUUGGAAGUUGCAAUUCAGUGCUUGGAGACAGUUUUUAAGAUCAGCUCAGAAGAUACACAUCUAGCAGUUUCACAGCCUUUGACAGAAAUGUUCACAAAUUCCUUCUGUAAGAAUGACAUUCUACCCCUUUCAAACUCAGUGCCUGAAGAUGUGGGAAAAGCUGACCAAUUAAAAGAUGAAGGCAAUAACCACAUGAAAGAAGAGAAUUAUGCUGCUGCAGUAGAUUGUUACACACAGGCAAUAGAAUUGGAUCCCAAUAAUGCAGUUUAUUAUUGCAACAGGGCUGCUGCUCAAAGCAAAUUAAGUCACUACACAGAUGCAAUAAAGGAUUGUGAAAAAGCAAUAGCAAUUGAUUCAAAGUACAGUAAGGCCUAUGGGAGGAUGGGGCUGGCCCUCACUGCUAUGAAUAAAUUUGAAGAAGCAGUUACAAGUUAUCAAAAGGCAUUAGAUCUUGACCCUGAAAAUGAUUCCUAUAAGUCAAAUCUGAAAAUAGCAGAACAAAAGUUAAGAGAGGUAUCUAGUCCUACAGGAACUGGAUUGAGCUUCGACAUGGCUAGUUUGAUAAAUAAUCCAGCUUUCAUUAGUAUGGCAGCAAGUUUAAUGCAGAACCCUCAAGUUCAACAGCUAAUGUCAGGAAUGAUGACAAAUGCCAUUGGAGGACCUGCUGCUGGAGUUGGAGGCCUAACUGACCUGUCUAGCCUCAUCCAAGCGGGACAGCAGUUUGCUCAGCAAAUACAACAACAGAAUCCUGAACUUAUAGAGCAACUGAGAAAUCACAUCCGGAGCAGAUCCUUCAGCAGCAGCACUGAAGAACAUUCCUGAUUUGAUCAGAAUAUGGCCCAGAAUAUAAAUGUUUUAUGGCUCCAAAGUAUUCACUGUAGAUAGUAGCCAAAAACAAAAAACAAAAACAAAAGCACCAUAUCUGAUGUGUGAGAAUAAUGAAGGAAAACCUCUUGUGUAUAUUCUUAAAGAAUAAUUCUGUUUAGAUAAUAGGUUUAUCACAAACA